CUGAGGGAGCAGUGUGUGUGACAGUGUAGUGCUGCCUUCUUGUACGAGUCUUGUGGUCGGCUGCAGCCUUACAGAACAUCAUGAUGAAACAGAUUGUGGACAGAGCAAGGAAGGCGUUUAACACCGGAAAAACGCGGUCAUUGGAUUUCCGUCUUCAGCAACUCCAGGCUGUGAAAAGAAUGAUCAAUGAAAAUGAGGCUGAGAUAAAGAAAGCCUUGAUAGCAGACUUGCACAAGAAUGAAUUAAGUGCUUACUCAUAUGAAAUAUUGGGGCUCUUGGGUGAAAUUGAAUUGACUAUUGACAAUCUCCACAAUUGGGCAGCACCCCGACAUGUUCAAAAGACUUUAAUGACCAUAUCAGAUGAAGCGUACAUUAACUAUGAGCCUCUUGGAGUUGUCCUGGUCAUCGGAGCGUGGAAUUACCCAUUUGUGGUUUGCUUGCAGCCUGUAGUGGGCGCCAUUGCAGCAGGUAACGCUGUGGUCAUCAAACCUUCUGAAGUCAGCGAACACACAGCCAAAGUUUUGGAGAAAAUUAUUCCUCAGUACUUGGAUAAGGACCUGUACCCUGUGGUGAAUGGUGGAGUGCCAGAAACAACAGAGCUACUUGAACAAAGAUUUGAUCACAUUUUCUAUACAGGCAAUACUGCUGUUGGCAAAAUAAUCAUGACCGCAGCUGCUAAAAAUCUGACUCCGGUGACCCUUGAGCUCGGGGGGAAGAGUCCAUGUUAUAUUGAUAAGGACUGUGUUAUUGAUAUUGCUGCCAGACGUGUGACCUGGGGAAAGUUUGUCAACUGUGGUCAGACAUGUAUUGCUCCCGAUUAUGUCCUGUGUGAGAAGUCCAUCCAAGGGAAACUACUGGAGAAAAUCAAGGACACGAUAAAAGAAUAUUAUGGAGAAAACCCCAAAGAAUCUCCGGACUAUGAGAGGAUCGUUAACAAGCGCCAUUUCAAGCGUGUCCUUGCCUUGUUAGAAGGAGAGAAGGUUGCUAUUGGAGGGCAACAUGAAGAAGAUACCUGCUUUAUAGCACCAACUGUCCUGACUGAUGUUAAAGGCGACGCUAAGGUCAUGCAGGAAGAAAUUUUUGGCCCACUCCUUCCAAUUAUAACUGUUCAAAAUGUAGACGAUGCCAUUCAGUUCAUAAACCAGAAAGAAAAGCCUCUUGCACUGUAUGCAUUUGCAAAUGACAAAAAGAUCAUUAAAAAGAUUAUCUCUCAGACAUCAAGUGGUGGAGUAACUGGCAAUGAUGUCAUUAUGCAUUUUACAGUUACUGAGUUGCCUUUCGGAGGUGUUGGACAUAGUGGCAUGGGUGCCUAUCAUGGCAAGCACACAUUUGAAACCUUUUCCCAUAAGCGAGCAUGCCUUAUCAAGUCUCUAGGUAUGGAAGGUGCAAACAAGAUCCGGUAUCCUCCUUAUACUCAGAAGAAAUUGGAUUGGGCCAAAUUUAUUCUAGCAACCAAGUUCAGCAAGAAAAAACUGGGCCUUAUUCUCCUCCCACUGGUGGCUGUGAUAGUAGCUGUCAUUUUAAAGAAAUAUCAAGGGGAGCUGGCAAGCACUGGAAUACAGCUUGUGCUGGCAUUUCGGAGGCUGUUUUAAACAAGAUUGGUAGCAGAUAUCAGAGAGCGGCAUCCACUGAUACACCAAGGUUCUCUAAAAGAGGAACCUGGAUAUGAAUUUCCAAGACCUAUAUUCCUGCUUCUUUCCAGUUAAUCUAUGCAAUUUACUGAAAUAUUUGGGUUCUUUUACAUGAAUAUUGUUUCCUGCAGUACAAACCUCCUUGCCUUCCUAUACUCUG